AUGUUCCGGGACGGCAGGCCCUUCAACCAACAAGAUGUUGGCGCUUCGGCCGCCGAAAGCCUGUUCCCACCACCGCCGCCAACGAUUGUUGGGGCAAUUCGUGCGGGUCUGGCCCGGCAGAUCGACGGCGGUAGUUCACCUUGGCCAAAAGACGCACUCGGUCACGGUGUUAACUGGCAGGAUGAGGGGACCAGCCUUGGCGAGUUACGAUUUGGGCCACUUCUGAUCCGCCGGAAAGCAGGCCUCCUGUUUCCAGCACCAGCGCAUCUUUGCAAGGACCGCGAUGGGCGGAUCUGGCUCUUGGAAGUCAGGGCGCCGACGAAGUUCAGGAGCGAUCUGGGGCCAACGGUUGUGUUUCCGCAGGAACCUGCGGGGGCCAAGGGCGUCAAGGUGCUGGAGGGCGCUUGGAUAGACAGUUCCGGCCUUUCUGACGUCCUGAACGGAAAGACCCCGGAAAGCACAUCAAUCGUCGAUGAAGACAAACUGAUGAAACGUGAAUCAAAGGCUGGGAUCGGCAUCGACGUGCGGACGCGUGUUGUGAACGACGCCCAGCUUUAUACGGCUUCGUUUCUCCGCUUGAGGGACGACGUGGAGUUCUUGCUGCCGUGCGAGGGUGCUCCCGUCCCCACAGAAGAUUUCACGCAGAGGCUCGGCGGCGAACAGCGCGCGGCGCAAUUCCAUCUUGCUGAGAUUGAACUCGACCAAAGUGCUUCAACCAAGCUCGACGGCCUGACCGAGUACGCUGCGGUCGCCGUGUCGCCGGUCUAUUUGAAGAAAGAGCCGUAUGCCGGUGGACCCAUUCCCGGCCUUUCCGGUACGCUUGUAUCGGCGGCAAUUCCGAAACCGUUCAGGCUCGGCGGGUGGUCCUCAAUGGAGAACGGACCCUUGCCGAUGACGCCGAUUAUUCCGGCGGGCGCCGUCUUCUUCAUGGCGUGCACCGAAGAUGAAUCGCCAAAGCAGCCCAACGCAUCUAUCGGGUACGCGACAAAAUGGGGCUUCGGGCACUGUUUCUUGGGAAAAUGGCCAGGCAAUAGAGAGGUUGACGGAUGA